CAAUAUCUGUAUGCUUAAUUAUAAGAAACCUUUCAUGCCUUGAGCUUAAGAUUGGCAUUUUGCCUGAUCAAAGCACUAUUUAAACCAAGUAGAUCAUCCCAAAUUCCACACAACUAACAUUUGAGAACAAAAGCCAGAGCAGAGACCAGGAACAAAAAUCAUGAAGAACUCUUGCGUGGGUACAUCUCUUAUGGCUUUGCUGUUUUUUGCCACACUUACUUGCUGCAUAGAUGCAAGAUUACAGGCUUGCCAGCCAAGUGGUAAAAUCAGUGGCAUAGAGCCACCACCAGGACAAUGUAACCCCGAAAAUGACUCAGAUUGUUGCAAACAAGGCAAGAUGUACACCACUUACAAAUGCUCACCUCCGGUGACCGGGAACACAAAGGCUGUUUUAACCCUAAAUAGCUUCCAAAAGGGUGGAGAUGGUGGUGGACCAUCAGCAUGUGAUAACCAAUACCAUUCUGAUGAUACUCCGGUCGUUGCCCUUUCAACUGGAUGGUAUAGUGGAGGAGAUAGGUGCCUUAACUAUAUCACAGUAACUGCUAAUGGCACAAGUGUGAAGGCUAAAGUUGUAGACGAGUGUGAUUCUACCAUGGGAUGUGAUGACGAGCAUGAUUAUCAACCUCCAUGCCCGAAUAACAUUGUUGAUGCUUCUAAAGCUGUGUGGAAAGCCUUGGGUAUACCAGAAGGUGACUGGGGCGAUUAUGACAUCACAUGGUCAGAUGCUUGCCAGCCGAGCGGCAAAAUCCGAGGCAUAAAGCCGCCACCAGGACAAUGUAACCCUGAAAAUGACUCAGAUUGUUGCAAACAAGGCAAAAUGUACACCACUUACAAAUGCUCGCCUCCAGUGACCGGCAACGCCAAGGCUGUUUUGACCUUAAAUAGCUUCCAAGCAGGUGGAGAUGGUGGUGGACCUUCGGAAUGUGAUAACCAAUACCACUCUGAUGAGACUCCAGUUGUCGCCCUUUCAACUGGAUGGUAUAGUGGAGGAGAUAGGUGCCUCAACUUUAUCACCGUAAGUGCUAAUGGCAAGAGUGUGAAGGCUAAAGUUGUAGACGAGUGUGACUCUACCAUGGGAUGUGAUGAUGAACAUGACUAUCAGCCUCCAUGCCCGAAUAACAUCGUUGAUGCCUCUAAAGCAGUUUGGGAAGCCUUGGGCAUACCUGAAGGCGACUGGGGUGAUUAUGACAUUACAUGGUCUGAUGCUUAG